UUUUUCCUGUACCACCAUCUUGACCUCGGACGCAAGGUAUGUGUCUGCGCGUCCGAACCCCCAUCUCUUCCAGUGAUGAUCCAAAUCAUACCAUACUUUACCACAUUCCGAAACAUGCUGUGGAAUACUUUAUCGAUUUCAGCCUUGUCUGAACUUUUUUUCCCGUCUCGUCGUCGUCGUCGUCGUAUUGGGCAAGCUCGAGCUGACGCGCGUGUAUUUCAGGUUUCCUCUCAACGUCCGUGGCUCGCGUUCCGGUUUCCACAUGGACUGGUAAGCUGUGUUGCUUCUAGGCAGCGGUAGUAGUGAACCGUGUUUAUAAAUGCCUGUACUUGUCCUUCAUUUCUACAUGGCUUGCGGCAAGGCAAUGUGCCGUACGUAUCGCCGUGCUGCCACCGACGCGCUCCUACGUCCCCGUCAUUGUGCACUGGCAUACCUCCUUCGGAUCGCUCACACAUGCGUCAUACGAUCAUACUGAGGAAAGAAAUAAAAUGUGCUCUCCACGAGCACUGUCCUGCCCUGCCCUGGACUGGCUGUUCCUUACAUCGUCGCUUCGUCUCGUGCGAGGAAUCGUCUCGCGGAUGCGUGCGUACUGUACAGCAAGUGAAAGCUUCUCGGCAGUUCGACAUCUCGCGUUGAUACACUUCAAGCACGGUACGGUACAUACAUACAUACAUCCACAGCAGCGUCGACGAAACAGCGCCAUUGCACCCAUUCACACGCGCAUCGCAUAUUGCAGAGCGAUCUGUGCGACAUUGAGGCUACAAGCAGUGACCGAGUACACAGGCAGAUUUCGUACCUCGCAAACGAAAUCUCAGGCGUGAAGGAAUACCGCCGGCGCCGCGAACUGGAUACUAAGAGAACGAGGAAUCAGCGAGCGGGCAGAUCCAGAAGCAAAGACGAUUAUGCCGCCGAUCGGAAAACUCCGACGGGAUGGCCAAUCCCGACGGAGCUUUCUGAGCGGCAGGGAGGGAGGGAGGGAGGGACAGAAACACUCAUCUUUAUCCGCGCGGGUCCCGGGCGUCGUCGUAACUCAAAGCGCUGUGCAACAAGGGGGUCAGAACGAUCCGGAUGAGAGCAGAGGUAGGUAGGACGGUAUGAUCGAUCCCCGGCACCGGUUCCAAGAAGCGGCAUCGAGAUGGCCAGUCUCUCCGCUCC